UUGGUGUGAUGUUGUAGGAAGGCGCCAUUUUUAAAAGAUUUGUAAAAUUCAUAAUUGUAAUUAAUUAUGCAAGAAGAUAAAAAUGCUAUUUUUCAAAUGCGCUUUCCUCAUAAAUUGUGGUACCUGCUAAAUAUGCGCACUGAUGCAAUAUUGUGGGGGGGUAGUGGAAGAACAAUUCUCCUUAAUUAUAGAAUACUUCACAGUUAUCUGCAAUGUGAUAACUCUAUUUUUAAAACAACGAAUAUUUCAAGUUUUGUAAGACAACUUAACUUGUAUGGUUUUCGGAAGGUUACUUCGCAUCUACAAGAUCCACUUUGUAAUUCAAGUAAUCCUUACAUGCAUGAAUAUAUUCAUGACUUCUUUCAAUAUGGCAGACCUGAAUUAUUAAAUAAAAUUACAAGAAAAGCACUGACAUUAAAACGAAACUCAAAACCUAAGAACAUUUUUAAUUGUACUGAGCAAAGUGCAUUCAUAACUCCUCUUCAAAAAGCGCGAAGGGCACUCAGAAUUGCGCUGAAGAAAGCUGCACAAGAGCUAUUCAUGCAAAGCUCACCAAAACAGUUUAAUGUCACAAAUGAAUUCGAAGAUGUACAAGAUGAUUUUGGUGAUGAUGAUAGCAUCUCUGGGGACUGGCUUAUACCUAAUAGUGAAAACAAUGAUAUGCAGAAAGAACAAAGUUUACCAGUCCUAUCAGCAGAAAAACCUCAGGAAAAUAAUUACAUUCAUACUGGUGAUGGAUUCCAGAACUUUGGAGAUAAGUCACAAGAUACGUUGAUGGGUUUCAGUGAUGAUUCAUGUCAACAGAAUGUUGAUAAUUUCCCUGGGCAAUUUCUAAACAUGCCGGACCUUGAUCCUGUACCAUCUGAAAGUUCUGGAGUUGAGCUUUUAGCUGAAUUUAAUAUAGGAGAUGAGAAUAGACAUGAUAUUGCAACAAAAAUGGUAUCAAAACCAAUUGAUCACCAAUUCUUAAAUUGCGUGCUUCCUUCUAUUAGUAAUGAUCAAAAUGAUGAUGUCACUAUGAGUGAGAGGCAUGAUGAAAACAUGACACACUAUCAUAGUGAAUGGGAUCAAAUGUUUAAUGAUAUAAUCAUUAACAAGAGUUCAGCACCAGAAUCUUCCUCCAAUUUAAAGGAAUUAUAUACUCAAAUUUCACAAACUAUCCAUUUAUAAAAUAUUGAUGUAUGUUUUAUACUUGGCAGUACCACAUAGCAUUGUUUCUUUAACAGAAAAAAAGCUUAAUAGUGCUGUUUGAUUCUGCAAACUCAAUAAAAAUUAAAAUACUUUGUGUUUACAUAUUUAAUUUAAAAAGAAAGAGUUUGUAUAGAUUAAAACUAUGUAAUUCAGCCAUAAAUUUCUUUAUUUGUGAAAACAUAAAAAUACCGUGUUAUUACUA